AUGCCGGGCGCAACUCCAGCUCUAGAAGCCGAGCAGAAUGGAACGGGAAAAGAGGAAUACGCAGCAUCCUCAGGAAGCGGAAAUUCGGAAACCUCUGACAUCCUCGACCCCAAGAACGACGAGGGAUGGGAGGAUGCCGAGCCGGAUCACGAGGAGCUCAAUUUCGUCUCAUUGUUGGACGAGGACGUUUUCACCGAUAUCCAUGCCAUGCUGAAACACUGCAAAGACAAGCACAGCUUUGAUUUCCUUGAGGUCAGACAGAGACUCGGCCUGGACUUCUACGGCAAUAUCAAACUCGUCAACUACAUCCGGUCCCAGGUCCGCUGUGGCCAGAGAGUCUCUCCAGAUAUCUCCAAGGCCGACUUCGAGGAUGAAAAGUUCCUGAAACCGGUGCUGGAAGACGAUGCUCUGUUGUUCAGUCUGGACGACCUCCCCGAGGUCACGGAGCACGAGCAGAGCGCACAGUCAGGCAAGGGUAAAGCUAUACCCAGUGACUCUGGACCUCUAGCUGCUCGUGUCGUCGAAUUAGAGGAGGAUCUGCGUCGAAUGCAGCUGCAGUUUGACAACUACCGCUCGACGGUUUCGCAAACAUUGGACGAACGAUGGAAUGCGAGUGGUCCCUCGGGGUCUUCAGCUGCCAAAGAGAAGAGAGAUGAUGACAGCCACUACUUCAGCUCCUAUUCUUACAAUGAUAUCCAUGAAACCAUGUUGAAGGAUACGGUCCGGACUGACGCCUACCGAGACUUCAUCUACAACCACAAAUCCCUGUUUGCUGGCAAGACAGUCCUCGAUGUAGGCUGCGGCACCGGGAUUCUGAGCAUGUUCUGUGCUAAAGCCGGCGCCGCCCGAGUCAUUGCCGUCGACAACUCAGCCAUCAUUGACAAAGCCCGGGAGAACAUCUUCAACAACGGUUUUGCCGACAAGAUCACCUGCCUCCGAGGAAAGAUCGAGGAAGUCACUCUUCCUGUUGCCAAGGUCGACAUCAUCGUUAGCGAAUGGAUGGGCUACUGCUUGCUGUACGAGGCUAUGCUCGACAGUGUCAUCUACGCCCGCGACCGCUACCUGGCUCCGGAUGGACUCAUGAUUCCAAGCCAUAUGAACAUGUGGGUUGCGCCCGUCGCUGAUCCCGAGUACAUCAGCGAUCACAUUGCGUUCUGGCGCGAUGUCUACGGCUUCGAUAUGAAGGCGAUGCAAGCCGGUAUCCACGACGAUGCCCAAGUCCUCCACAUGCCAGCUCGGACCAUCUGCGCCGAUCCCUUCCCAUUCUUGCAACUCAGUCUGCACACCACCACCGUCCAGGACCUGGUCUUCAAGCGCCAGUGGCACUCCAAGCUUAGCGAAGACAUCGACGCUCUCGAUGGCUUCAUCAUCUGGUUCGACUCCUUCUUCAUGCCUUCGCGCGAGGAUCCGGUCCCGGAAGACGCCAGGGCCGAGGAGUGGACCAAGGCUGGCAAGAAGGGGAUUGCGUUCACCACGGGACCUGGGGGAAAGGAGACCCACUGGAAGCAAGGUGUCAUGCUGAUCGACAACACGAAGGAGAAGCCUGUCGGCCACACGGCUGGAGAGGAGAUUUCGGGCGAGCUCGAGUACGCUGUACCAGAGGAUAACUCGCGUGCGUUGAAUGUGGGCAUGACCUGGAGGUUUGGGGACGAGAAGAAGGACGGCAAGCAGACGUGGAAGAUGAGGUGA